AUGGAUGGCUCAACUUGGUUGAACAACUCACUGAAUAUGGAAGAACGUGCUAAAAAUGUAAACGACUUGUUACAGGUAUUAAUGGAUAUCAACGAUAUCAACGGUGGUAACAACGAUACUGCUGAAAAAAUGAAAAUUCAUGCAAAAAAUUUCGAAGCUGCUCUAUUCGCAAAAUCUUCUUCAAAAAAAGAAUAUAUGGAUAACAUGAGAGAAAAAGUCACUGCUAUGAGAAAUACUUUGAAUUCAAGGAAAAAAGAAGUCGUUUCAAAAUCUUCAGGUAACAACAAUCCUUCAAAUACAAGUACAAAUACAAACACUAAUGUAAAUGUAAAUGCAAAUUCAAAUACUUCAAAUAAUAACACUUCAUCCGCUGCAAAUAGUGAUAAAAUGGGAAACUUCCCAUUAAACAUGAACUCCCAAAUGUUCUUGAACCAACAAGCUCAACUUAGACAACAAGCUGCUCAGCAGUUGAGAACCCAGCAGCAACAGCAAAGGCCACAACUCACUCCUCAACAACAACAAAUAAUCAACCAAAUGAAAGUAGCUCCUAUACCAAGAGAACUCCUUUCAAGAAUACCAAAUAUACCUCCUGGUGUGAACACCUGGCAACAAAUUACUGAACUUGCACAACAAAAAGUUUUAUCUCAACAAGAUAUGCAUAUCGCAAAAGAAAUUUACAAAGUGCAUCAACAGCUCCUUUAUAAAUCAAAGUUACAACAGCAGCAACAACAACAAGCUCAAGCUCAGGCCCAACAACAACAACAACAACAGCAGCAGCAACAGCAGCAGCAACAGCAGCAACAGCAGCAGCAACAGCAGCAACAACAACAGCAACAGCAACAGCAACAACAACAGCAGCAACAGCAACAACAACAACAGCAGCAGCAGCAGCAGCAACAACAACAAGUUCAGGCCCAAGCUCAAGCUCAAGCUCAGCAACAACAGCAAAAAGGUAAUCAAGCCCAAAACCCUGGCAAUAGACCAACUGAGGUACCCAACGUCUUAGGUCAAAUUAACCAGAUCUUUACCCCAGAAGAACAAAGAGCAUUGUUGCAAGAAGCUAUGGAAGCUUGUAAAAAUUUUAGAAAAACUCAGUAUGGUAAUAAUAUGACUGAUGCUAACAGACAGAAUUUUAUCAGAAAAUAUAUUAAUCAGAAGGCUUUGAGGAAAAUUCAAUCUAUGAGAAUGGCUCAAAUGGGUAAUAAAAAUGCCAAUUCAAAUACAAACAAUACAAAUAUCAAUACUAAUACAAAUGCUAAUAAUAAUAAUAACAAUGGCGGCAAUAAUAACAAUAACAAUAAUAACAUUAACAACAAUAACACGAAUAUAAAUAGAAAUAAUAAUCCUCCCUUGAUAAAUAACAAUACUGUUAACAAUAAUGGAAAUCAAAUUACUACUAACCCUCAGGCUAAUGUUAAUGCUCAAAAAAAUAUAACAGGAUUGCAAAAUAAUAACCAGUUCAUACCUAAUCAAAAUAACAAUAACAGUAACCAAUUCAAUGCAAAUGUACAGAAUAAUAAUCAACAGCAACAGCAACAGCAACAGCAAAGAAAUCAACAAUCUCAACAGAGACAAAAUCUACUGCAAGCACUUGCUCCUACUCAGCAAGAUAUUGAAGUUGUUAAAAAAGUUUCAGCUGAAGCCGCAAGAAUACCUUUGAGAUUAUCAGAUUUGACAAAUACUCUAUCAGUACAAGAAAGAGAAGAGAUUAAAAGAAAGUUACAAUUGAACCAACAACUAUUUGCACAAGUAAGUAAUUAUGCUCCUCAGGUGUAUAUUUUUACAAAAAGUGAAAACUUCUUAAAAGAAGUACUUCAAUUAAGAAUAUUUGUGAAGGAAAUAUUAGAAAAAUGUUCGAAAGGGAUUUAUGUUGUUAAGUUGGAUACAGUUGAUAAGCUUAUUAUGAAGUACCAAAAAUACUGGGAAAGCAUGAAGAUUCAAUUGUUAAGAAGACAGCAGUUGAUCCAAAGACAACAGCAAGCAGCUGGUAAUAAUAUGCCACAGAAUCAACAACAGUCACAAACUCAACCUCAACAGCAGCAACCUCAACAGCAGCAGCAGCCGCCUCAGCAACAGCCUCAGCCUCAGCAACAACAACAACUGCCUAGACAGCAGAUAAGCACAGGUAAUAAUUUAUCCCAACAGCAGCAACGUGUUCAGGGAUCUCUACAGCAUAUUCAGCAGCAAAUGCAGCAAAAACAACGUCAAAUGGCGCAGGCGCAGGCGCAAGCUCAAGCACAAGCUCAAGCUCAGGCUCAAGCUCAGGCUCAGGCUCAGGCUCAGGCACAAGCACAAGCACAAGCACAAGCUCAAGCUCAAGCUCAAGCACAAGUUCAAGCUCAAGCCCAAGCUCAGGCUCAGGCUCAGGCUCAGGCCCAACCUCAGGUUCAACCUCAAACCCAAGGUCCAAACCAUGCCUCUCAACCUCAGAUUCCAAAUUCUGACUCUAGUAAAGCUCAAGGCUACAAUCAAAUGAUGAAUAAUAAUUCUGUGGAUCAGAAUGCUGCCACGGCUAAUGUUACUGCUAAUAGAGGAAUUGUUGGUAAUAUUGAUCUAACAGCCAGUCAAGACAUUUCAAAGAUGUCACCAAAUACAGCUGUUUCUCCAGGUAAAAAAGAAACUAAGCGUCCUAUUUCUGGUAAAGUCAAAAAGGCCAAGAAACUAUCCCCUGCAUCUACUACAUCAGUUCAAAAUACACCAAUCCCAAUUUCACCAUCGGUUGUGAAAAGCACAGCUGGUAUACAAGGUACACCAUCACCAUUAACUACUACAGAUAUCUCAACUUCUCGUAGUAGUUUAAAUGUUUCUCAGACCUCAAGUGGUGAAAAUCCUUUCAAUGAAGAAGAAGCUCUAUUAAAGAAUUUGAAUGCCCGCAAAGCAGAAAUUAUUUCUCGUUAUAAGCAUCGUCAAGAAAUUUUCGGUAAGUCUUCAAUCGACAUGUUUUUGGGUACUUUAGCUGACAGUAUGGGUAUCAAGGAUGAUGAUAUUGAUUUAGUAAACACCAUUCCUCAACAUAUUAUUGAUACUACUAAUGGAACAGGUAAGAAAAAGUUUACAAAGACUCAACAAAAAUCAAGAGAUCAGGAUGUAGUCAAUGUGCAAAUUAAGAGUAAUAAAUUAAUUAUGCAGAGUAAAAAUGACCCAGAAUCACGCAACUAUAAGAUUGAUGAUUUUGCUAUAUCGUCAAUUUUUAACUCGCUUUCAGGAUUCAAUAAUUCCAAAUUUGUAAACUUAUUUGAAGUCGCUACAUCUACUGGUUCGGGAACUAAAUCAUCGAAUAAUACAAAUGCUAAUUCAUCAAAGAAGAGAAAGUUAGAGGAACUAGAGGUUAGUCCUGCAAAUUCUAAUUCUUCACUAAUGAGCGAUUCUAAGAAAAUUAAAAUUGAUUCACCGGAAGAUUUAUUUGUAACUAAACCUGAAAGCACUCAAGAAAAAUUGGUUGAUAAAUCUUUUAUACCUGAGAAUAUUUGGAAUUGGAGUCAAUGGGCAGAAUUGUAA